UCUAUAGUCGAGGCAUCGAAAUUAAUAAUCGAAUAACUAAGAUGAUGAUUAUUAUUCCUGAGAGUAGUCCAAGUGUAGUUGCGAAUGCACUUGGUGUUUUGAUGUUCUUUUUUAUUUUGAAUUGGUUAUGGAAAAUACUAAAUAUUGUCUGGCUUACACCCAAAAGCUUAGAGAAAUCGUUUCGAAAGCAAGGUCUUUUUGGAAACUCGUACCGAUUUUUGAUUGGAGACAUGAAGGAGAUGUCACAAUUGCGUGGUGAAGCAAUGGAAAAACCCAUGCCUUUUGUUCAUGAUUACUUCCAUCGUCUUCAACCCAUACUCCAUCGGCUUCUAAGCAAUUCGGCAGGAUCAAAUUGUUACACAUGGAUGGGUCCAGUGCCAACGAUACUUAUUACAAAGUCUGAGCAAAUAAAAGAAGGGUUCAAUAGGAUGAACGAAUUCCGUAAACCAAAAUUGAACCCACUUACUCAAAAGUUUUCAACUGGUCUAGUAAACUAUGAAGGCCACAAAUGGGCGAAACAUAGAAAGAUAAUUAAUCCUGCCUUUCAUCUCGACAAGCUCAAGCUUAUGAUCCAAUCAUUUGAAAUUAGUGUAACUGAAACACUAAGUAAGUGGGAGAAGAUAAUUUCAAAAGCAGGUUCUUCAGAAAUAGAUGUGUGGCCACAUUUUAUGAAAUUAAGUGCAGACGCUAUUUCUCGAGCAGCGUUUGGUAGUAGAUUUGAAGAAGGAAGAAAGAUAUUUGAACUUCUCACGGAGGAGAAAGAACUUAUUAUUCGUCUUAUCAAAUAUUCUUAUAUUCCAGGAUGGAAGUAUUUUCCAUCAAAGGGCAAGAAAAGGAUGGACGAAACGGAUGUUAAAAUAAAAACCCUAUUGAAGAAAAUAAUCAAUAAUAGAAAGAAGACAAUGGAGGUCGGAGAGCCAGCCAAGGAUGAUUUGUUGGGGAUACUCUUGGAUUCAAACUCUAAAGAGGCUAACGCUCAAUCAACUUGUGAGAAUAAGAAGCGUGUUGAUCUGACAAUGAGUUUCUUAGAGGUGGUCGACGAGUGCAAAUUGUUCUAUAUAGCUGGCCAAGAAACCACCUCAGUGUUGCUAACAUGGACAAUGGCUUUGUUGGGUAAGCACCAAGAAUGGCAAACACGAGCUCGUGAAGAAGUUCUUGCAACCUUUGGCAUGAACAUCCCUGACUUUGAUGGCUUAAACAACCGUUUGAAGACGGUGACAAUGAUACUAUAUGAGGUGCUUAGGUUGUAUCCGCCAGUCGUGGCAACCUCGCGAAGGGUAUACGACGGUGAAACAAAACUAGGAGAUUUGGUGAUUCCUCCUGGGGUGGCGGUUUCUUUUUCAAUACUCCAUGCUCAUUUGGACUCCGAAGUUUGGGGUAUUGAUGCCAAGGAAUUCAAACCAGAGAGAUUUGUAGAAGGGAUUGCGAAGGCAACUAAAGGGAGCAAUUCAUACUUCCCCUUUGGUUGGGGACCUCGGAUUUGCAUUGGUCAAAAUUUUGCGUUAACUGAGGCUAAAAUGGCUUUGUCUAUGAUCUUGCAGCGCUUCAGUUUUGAGAUCGCACCAUCUUACACCCAUGCUCCGUCUUCUUUUAUAGCCCUUCAACCCCAACAUGGUGUCCCUGUUAUCUUACAUAAACUUUAAUUAAGCAUGUUUGACUAUAUGUUGUGCUUUUGCAGUUAAGCCGUUUAAAUCUAUGUAUUUCCCCUUAAAAUUUGGUUAUAUUUGUGGUUUUAGCCUUUAUUUAUGAUGAAAUUUCACCAGUAAAACUAUGUCUUUUACUAUAGAUGUUACUUUUGAUAAUAAAAGGAGGUUUGCUAUUAGCAAUUUAGCAUGAGUGCUUGUUGGUUACCUGUUUUAGCAGUUGUAUAAUACCUUUUAGGCCCUAUUCUGUUAGCUUACAAAAAAUUAUUUCAAUUCAAUAAAAA